CAUUUAUUGUAGAAAACUUCUCCAAGAUCAUUCAGAGUGAAAAUUUCAUUCUUCUCUUGCAGUCACAAGCAAUGAGCAGCACAGCUGAUCUGUUGGACAAAAUUUUAAAAGCAAUUGAAGAAAAUAUUACCACUGAAAAUAGUUGCUCUCUUCUUAUGGCUGUGGACACAUUACUAAACUCUGAAAAUACAAAGGAAAUGGGUUUUACGUGCAAGAUCCAGGCUCUGCGUGAUAAGCUGUGGAUCUUCCUGGUUCAGUCUUUCUAUGCUGUUCGUCACACAGAAAGCUGGAAGCUGAUGAGCACAGAUGAUCAACAGAAAAUCCAAGCAGCUGCAUUUGACAAAGGUGAUGAUCGAAGACUUGGCAAAAAGCCUAUAUUCAGUAGCUCUCAGCAAAGGAGACAAGUUUCUGAUUCUAGUAUUAUAAAAAACAAAUCUUGGAGGGAAAAUAACAAGUGUUGGAGUUCUCUCUCUGCUAAUCAAAAGAUGAAAUCUGAUGGAUUAGGAGCAUCUGGACAUUCAUCAAAUACUAAUAGAAAUAGUAUAAAUAAAACCUUGAAGCAUAAUGAUGUAAAGGAAAAGGAUAGUACAAAAGUAUCAUCUAAGAUUACAAAAGAAUUGAAAACUGGGGGGAAAAAUAUUUCUGGAAAGUCCAAAACUGUAAUAAAGCCCCAAAUAGAAAACAAUGAUAAUGCAAAACUGGAAAACCUACCACCUAAAGUUGUGGAAAAGUCAGCAAUAGCAACGGCAGCAGCAACUGGACAUAGGAAUUCAGUAAAUGGAAAAGGAGUGAAAAAUCAAGAAGGGCAAAUCACAGGCGCCAGACCCAAGAUACUCACUGGAAAUUUAAAUGGGCAAACCAAAGCAAAACCUUUGAAAAAAGUGACAGGGAAAGAUUCUCCAUGCCUCAGCAUUGCAGGACCUUCCAUCCAAUCUCCAAAUUCAAGUGUGGAAUUAUCAAUUUCUGCUGGAUGUCUGGGCAAACCAAAAGAAAAUGGAUCAGUAGAAGAGAUGUCUUCUGGUCAGAAGCUAUCAUUUUGUGAUUCUCCAGAACAGAUGGUGAAAAACAGUGUAGACAGUGUCAAAACUUCCAUUGUAGCAGUAAAAUCUCAGCCUGUUUCAAGAGUUACCAGUGGAACUUCCAACAAAAAAAGCAUUCAUGAACAAGACACUAAUAUAAAUAACAGUGUACUAAAGAAAGUCAGUGGCAAAGGAUAUAAUGAUCCAACACCACAGGCAAUUUUGAAGAAAAGAGGAAAUGGCAAUGGACAUGGUACAACUCAGCAGAGGACAAAGAAUGCCCCAUCUAAUCUUGCUAAAACUCAAGGAUCCCAAGGUGAAUCACCAAAUUCAGUAAAAUCUUCAGUCUCUUCAAGGAAGUCUGAUGAAAAGUUGGACCAUAAGACAACUUCAGAUAAACAAACACCUCAGAAAAAAGUUGUUAAACAGGGACUCACAACUUUGCCUAAGGUUAAUGCAAAAACGGUGUCAAUGCCUAAAACCCUGAAUCAGUCAAAGAAAGGUGAAACUCUGAAUAACAAAGAUUCAAAACAAAAAAUGCCUCCUGGACAGAUUACAUUGAAGACUCAGUCUUCCUCCCAAAGACCUUUAAAAAAUGAAACAUCUGUUAUACAAAAAAACAUAUUUAAUCAUGUAGAUGAUAACAACAAAGACAGUGCUUCUGAACAGAAGCCUCACAAACCUCUAACUAAUCUUGCAACCAAAAUCAAUGGCACAGAAGCAUUCCAGUCAUCAUGCAGACCUGACCCACAAAAGCCAUUAAGCGGUCAAGAAAAAGAAUGCCAAAAUAUUUUAAAGCUGGAUAAAUCAGUAAAACAAGAACUGAAAUCAGAACAAAUUUGUUCAGGUAAAAGUGAAACAAAACUUCCCAAUCACAAAGACACAAAUUAUUGCAUUCCUACUGAAGCAUAUUGUCCUUCUGGUGAAAGUGAUAGUGUAGAUUCAAAAUUUUAUAGUACCAGUGCUCAGAAGUCCAUGAUUUCAAAUCCAAAUGAAAACUCCUUAAACUCUAAUCCAAUUUGUGAUUUAGACUCAACAAAUGUAGAACAAAUCCAUUUAAUAUCAGAUAGAGAGAAAGAAAUAGGGAGAAAAGAUAUAAAUAGAACAUCAAGCAUGAAAUACAUAAAAGAUGUUUUACCUUGUAUUCCUGAAAGGAUAAAUGGUACCUUAAAUUCUGUUCAAGAUGACAGAAAAUCUAAAAUUCAUGUAGAAAAACCAACAGUUCCUACUCAGUUACCUAAUGACUCUGCCAUGAAGGAAGAUAAACUUACUACCACAGACUCAGAUGUUUCCUCCAAAUGUUUUUCGGGACAGACAUCAGGAAAAAAUUCUCCUAAAAAUAUGGAAACAUCAGAAACUCCAGAGAAUCAUGAAACUUCAGAAGCUCCAUUCAUGGGUCACUGGAAUUUGAGUACCAAUGUGCUGCAUCAGAGAGAGAGUCCUGAAUCUGACACGGGCAGUGCUACCACAUCCUCUGAUGACAUAAAACCCAGGUCUGAAGACUAUGAUGCUGGAGGGUCUCAGGAUGAUGAUGGGUCAAAUGACAGAGGUAUUUCUAAGUGUGGGACUAUGCUAUGCCAUGACUUCCUUGGAAGAAGUAGCAGUGAUACUAGUACUCCUGAAGAAUUAAAAAUAUAUGAUAGUAAUUUAAGAAUUGAAGUAAAAAUGAAAAAGCAAAGUAGUAAUGACAUUUUCCAAGUUAACUCAACAAGUGAUGAUGAGAUUCCUAGGAAAAGGCCAGAAAUUUGGUCUCGAUCCACAAUAGUUCAUCCUAGGGAAAAAGAAAAUAUUCCACGAGGCAGUGUCCAGUUUGCUCAGGAAAUAGAUCAGGUUUCUUCCUCAGCAGAUGAAACAGAAGAUGAGAGAUCUGAAGCUGAAAAUGUUGCAGAAAAUUUCUCUCUCUCUAAUCCAGCUCCUCAGCAGUUUCAGGGAAUAAUUAACUUAGCUUUUGAAGAUGGAACUGAAAAUGAAAGUCGUGAGUUUUCUGCAACUAAAAAGUUUAAAAGGUCAGUUUUACUUUCAGUAGAUGAAUGUGAAGAACUGGGAUCUGAUGAAGGGGAAGUCCAUACUCCCUUUCAGCCUCCUCUAGAUUCACUUUCACCUUCUGAUGUUUUCGAUGGUGUUUCUCAUGAAUAUCAUGGAAGGACCUGCUUUUCCAGAUUCUCACAAGAAAGUGAAGAGAGUAUUUUACAGUGUAAACAGCAAGAAAAAGGCAAUAACACAUAUAAAAAUGAAAGCACUCUUUUGGGUCUUAAUAGCAUUGACUCUUCAAGAAAAGAGAAACAGAGUGUUUCAGCCACUGACAAAGAUAACACAUUAGAUGUCCUGUCCAAAGGAAGCAGGCAGUUUUUUCYAGAGAAUAAAAAAGUAAAUGGUGGAAACAAUAUGACUAAUGAUUUUCAGCAACGCAGCAAAUUCUUGGAUAGUGACAUAAAAUCUCAAGAAAGGCCAUGUCAUUUGGAGCUUCAUCAAAGAGAACCCAAUUCUGACACACCAAAGAACAACUCUAUGAAAUCUCUAGACUCCUUUCGGAGUCAAGUUUUGCCUCAGGAAGGUCAAGUGAAAGAGAGCCAUUCUACAGCUACCGAAAAAGCUAAUAUUGCUUUAUCUGCAGGAGACAUAGAUGAUUGUGACACACUGGCACAAACCCGCAUGUAUGACCAUCGGCCUUCAAAAACCCUUUCUCCAAUAUAUGAGAUGGAUGUAACAGAAGCAUUUGAGCAGAAAAUGGAAUCAGAAACACAUGUUACAGAUAUGGAUUUUGAAGAUAAUCAACAUUUUGCAAAACAGGACUGGACUCUACUAAAGCAACUGCUCUCUGAACAGGACUCAAACUUAAAUAUUACAAAUUCUCUUCCUGAAGAUCUAAAUUUAGCACAGUAUUUAAUCAAUCAGACACUCCUUUUAGCACGAGACAGCUCAAAACCUCAGGGUAUAGCACAUGUUGACACUUUGAACAGAUGGAGCGAACUAACAUCUCCACUGGAUAAUUCCUCAGCAAGUAUCACCAUGGCUAGUUUUUCCUCAGAAGAUUGUUCACCUCAAGGUGAAUGGACAAUUCUGGAACUGGAAACUCAGCAUUAAGAGUCUUAACAUUUUGGAAAAUUUUAAACUGUGUCACUCCUUUAUUUUUUGAUGCCUAUAUUAUAUCUAAAUUAUAAUUGCAUUAGCCAGACAUAGACUGUCCUUAAUAUUGAGGGAGUCUUUCCAGUUUAUUAAAGUAAGCAUAGUUUAUUUAUUGAUAUGCUAUCACAUGUAGAGGGAAAAAAAGUGUUUUUUCUAAAGUUUUUGAGCAUGUUUUCUAUAAUUGUUAGAGAAAUUAGAAGACUUCUAAGGAAAAACACUUGCUUCAGUUUUCCUUUCCUACCUGAUCAUUUGUUUAUAAUUCAAGAAUUUAAAAUGUGAAUGCACAAGUAUGUCAGUCUCUUUACCCUUUUACUUUUGUUCUGCAUAUGGUACCAUAGUAGUUUAACAAUAAAAAAAAAGCUUACUGUACUUGUGU